AUGGCCGAGCCGUCGCACCUGACAGACCCUCUUUGGCCAGACGUCGACCCGAAGGCAGAGAAGUCAGCGCAGUUUGUUCUUCAAGAUCACCAACAUCUCCACCGCCUCUGCAUGAACUCGCUACCCUCUCCUUUCAAGUUGAUGGAGAGUGACUAUGUUGAAACUUCGCCAGGCUCUGGCGUUCUGCAGCAUUAUGCAAACGGGAGUUCGAAAACUGUCGGGUUUUCGGUGGUGGUGCCGCAUCCAACUAACGACCGAAUAUCACCAUUCUGGAGGUUAAUGCGCAAGGCAUCCUGCUGUUUUGUGGCACAAGAGCAGCAGUUUGCUCAAACGAAGCUCGGAUUCUCGCGCAGUCUGGAUGAGAAUUGGCUUGCUGGUGGCAUCGUUCAUUACGUUGUGCAUCCCACCGUCGCAGAUAUGACCAUCGCAGAGUUUCAAGCCGAUAUUGGCGGUUCCAGCACCGUUAGUGGCAAGACAAUGGACGCCAUGACGAUCGCAGCCGCGCCGAACUGCAUAAAACCAGUUUUGGCCGCUCUUCGAACGCACGUCAGUCAGUGCGCCAACGUUGACCCGACUCGAGCUCUCGUCAGCAGCAUGGUUCACGACAACUUGGCUCUGCGCCAGUUUUCUCUCGACGACGCCAUGAAGCAUGAGGAUCUUUGCUGGUAUCUCUACUGUGCUACUUUGCAAACAACUUUCUCACUGGGAGCACUGCAUUUUCUAGCCCAGGUCAACGACUUCCUGGUUGAGUGCGCUGAGGAAUUUGGCUUUCCAAGCGCUGAAGUCAAGACCGACAAGCCGAGUCAUCCUGCUUCUUCUGAGCCCACGAUGCGCACCUAA